UCGUAAGCAACAUGUGGGAGCAAAAAAUAUGGCCUUUACGGCAAAUCCUUGGUCUGCCCGCAGUUUUGCUCGAUCGAAUGAGUUUGAGCCACAUGGUAGCCGAAAGAGAGGACAACACUAGAGUGACCUCUUCUCCGAUCUCUUAAAACAAGAAAAGCAUCAUAAUAAACAAACAACAAAAACCCACUUCGAGAUUCUCCAUUUUUACAGCUCAAAAGCAGCAACAAAAAUCCUACAUUGCAUCACUUGAUAUAAACUCCCAAAAAGAAAAAAAUAAAAAACGUCAAAACCCUUUUAUCUUUCACUGUGUUUCUUCACCGCAAUCGAUAAUGGCGGCUUCUGUGAUGACGGUGGCGCAAGACGGAUCCGGGGACUACAAGACGGUGCAGGAGGCAAUCGAUAUGGUGCCACUCGGCAACAAAUGUCGCACCAUCAUUCGUGUGUCACCGGGGAUUUAUAAUCAGCCUGUCUACGUCCCCAAAACUAAGAACUUCAUUACACUCGCGGGUCUUUCCCCGGAAUCUACAAUUCUCACCUGGAACAACAGCGUUGACAGGAUAGAACACCACCAGGCUUCGAGGGUGAUUGGUACUGGGACGUUCGGGUGUGGAAGUGUGAUAGUUGAGGGAGAGGAUUUUAUUGCUGAGAAUGUCACUUUUGAGAACUCUUCACCUGAGGGCUCUCACCAGGCUGUGGCACUCAGAGUGACAGCAGAUCGAUGUGCUUUCUACAAUUGCAGAUUCCUUGGGUGGCAGGAUACUCUAUACUUACAUCAUGGAAAACAGUAUCUGAAAGAUUGCUAUAUUGAAGGGAGUGUGGAUUUCAUUUUUGGGAACAGUACUGUUCUCUUUGAGCAUUGUCAUAUCCAUUGCAAGGCAGCUGGUUUUAUAACUGCACAUAGCAGGAAAUCUUCCCAGGAGACAACUGGUUAUGUGUUCUUGAGAUGUGUGAUUACUGGCAAUGGAGGUUCAGGAUAUGCAUAUCUUGGACGUCCAUGGGGACCUUUUGGAAGGGUGGUCUUUGCACAUACUUACAUCGAUGCAUGUGUCAAACAAGAAGGCUGGCAUAAUUGGGGCAAACCUGAGAAUGAGAGAAGUGCUUGCUUUUAUGAGUAUAGAUGCUUUGGGCCAGGUAGCUGCCUCACAAAUCGUGUGACGUGGGCUAGAGAACUGGUAGAUGAAGAAGCAGAUCAAUUUCUGAUGCAUAACUUCAUCGAUCCAGAGCCGGAAAGGCCUUGGCUUUCCCAAAAAAUGGCUGUGAGAAUACCAUAUUCUGCAUAGAGGUUAUAAUUGAAGGCAAGGAGAAGAAGAAGAAAAUUCCCAAGAAAUAAUCAGUUGUGUUGUGUGCAAUGAAUUAGUCUCUGCCUGGCUAUUUCAACUCUGGUUUUGUCAAAUUUAUGAGGAAUUUUAUGAGUGUUUGUUGCUUCUUGAUGUUUGAGGCUGCUUUAAUUAUUAUUAUAUUUGAAUAUUUUCUAUAUAAUUUUAAUGGAGUUCAAUGUUAUUCUA